AAAGAAGGGACCCAUUUGAAGAGCAGCAUUGCUCUCCGUGUCUGUUGUAGCACAUGACCUACAGCUGUCAACUGUGUUCGUACUUCAACGACUUCAUGUGAGGUUUCUGCAACAUGAAGUUAACCGGUUUACUUGUGGUCUACGCGGCCAUAAUUUGUCAAACCCAUUUACUACGAUCUGUAACUGCUGUCACUGGGUGUUACAAUGGUUAUUGGACUGAAUGGUUUGAUAGAGAUGACCCUAGCGGUACUGGUGAUUGGGAGACUACAUCACUUGCCAUAAGUUAUUUUGGAGACAAAAUGUGUUCUGACCCUUCUGAUAUACAAGUACAGACUCUAGAUGGUACACCAGCCUCAAAUACUGGUGAAAUAUUCUCCCGGUAUUCUGUUUCCGAGGGAUUUGUAUGCGAAAUGAAAAAUCAACCUUAUAAGACCUGCCUUGACUAUGAAGUCAGAUACUGCUGUCCAGUGUGUAACGAUGGUUAUUGGACUGAAUGGUUAGAUAGGGAUGACCCUAGCGAUACUGGUGAUUGGGAAACUACAUUCCUUGCCAUAAGUUAUUUUGGAGAUGCAAUGUGUUCUGACCCUUCUGCUAUACAAGUGCAGACCCUGGAUGGUAUUCCAGCUUUGACUACUGGCGAAACAUUCUCACAAUAUUCACCUACUCUGGGAUUUGUUUGUGAAACAAAAGAUCAACCUGAUAAUACCUGUCUUGACUAUAAAGUCAGAUACUGCUGUCCAGAGUGUAAAUACGGUAAAUGGACUGGCUGGUUUGAUAGAGAUAACCCUGGUGGCACCGGUGAUUGGGAAACUACGGUACACGUCCAAAAUAAAAUCUGUGCAGCUCCUUCCGCGAUACAAGUGCAAACUCUGGGCGGUAUUCCAGCAUUGACUACUGGUGAAAUCUUUUCUGAAUAUUCUCCGGACGUGGGAUUUGUUUGUAAAAUGGCAGACCAACCAGAUAACACCUGUCUUGACUAUAAAACAAGAUAUUGCUGCCCAGAGUGUAAUUAUGGUAAAUGGACUGGCUGGUUUGAUAGAGAUGACCCUGGUGGUACUGGUGAUUGGGAAACUACGGCAGACGCCUCACAUGAAAUCUGUUCUGCUCCUUCCGCAAUAGAGGCACAAACCCUGGACGGUAUUCCAGCGAUGACUACUGGUGAAAUAUUUUCUGAAUAUUCGCCCGACGUUGGAUUUGUUUGUAAAAUAGCAGACCAACCAGAUAACACCUGCCUUGACUAUAAAACAAGAUAUUGUUGCCCAGUGUGUUACGAUGGUCAUUGGACUGAAUGGUUUGAUAGAGAUGACCCUAGCGUUACUGGCGAUUGGGAAACUACGGAACACGUCCAGCAUAGAAUCUGUUCUGCUCCUUCCGCGAUUGAGGCACAGACCCUUGGUGGUACUCCAGCAUUGUCUACUGGUGAAAUAUUCUUUUAUUACAACCCCAACGUUGGAUUUGUUUGUAGAAAAGUAGACCAACCGGAUAACACCUGUUUGGACUAUAAAACAAGAUACUGCUGUCCAGCUCAGAGCUAUGGAAGAAUUAGACUGAUGCCAAAGAAGCCACUGGAAACUUGAACGAAGCUAUAUAUUCGACAUAAAAGAAAUGCAUGAAAUAAAUACUAGCUAUUCUUAGUUAUAUAGCACUUUCUCGUUGGUUACAUUAUAUGUACCGAUAAAUGCAAUAGAUUAAAAUAACGUGCACAUAUA